GUAUGCCCGACAAUCGUCUUCUUGUUGUGAAUAAAAUAUUACUAAUUAUUAAAGUCUGAGAAUAUAUGAAUGUGAUGAUUAACGGCAUAAAAGCUUAAUUUCCAGAAAAGGAGCAGAGAACCCUCUCUCUCUCUCUCUCUCUCUCUCUCUCGAUCGAUCGACCCCUUGAUCUCUCUGAUUCGCAUGUCUGGUGUCAGCUUAGAUGGUGUCUUAAUUAGUUCUGAUAUGUGAUGGAGAGUCAGUACAGUGAUUAAUUAGUUUCUUUGUCCAAUUAGAGGGUAAGUUUGAAACCCUCUUAUCUUGAAUCUGCUGUGAGUGUGCUUCCAGCUAGGACGUUUUGGAGAAAAAUGGUUACCGGGAUAUCCAUCAGUUUAUGAAUGAGAUAUAUAAUUCAUUUCAGGUAAUGAGUGAAUAGCUUGAAACGGGUUUUGUUAAGAAGCAGUGCAUGCUACACAUAUGGCUGAUCCUGAGAUGAUUGAGAUUUCUGUUGAAGCGGAUGAUGACCAAAGUACUACUGAUGGAAGUAAAGAUAUUCGAUCUAAAAGCUCUUCUCCGAAAGCAUCAUGUUUGUUCUUUGACUUGAAUGAGGAUGCAAGUAGUGAUGAUCAUGGGGAUGUUUCAAACAAUAUAGGUGAAGCUAGGGAAAGCAAAACAUCUACAGAAGGGAAAGAACAGACUGCAACCAGCAGCGGUGCAGUCAGGCAAUAUGUUCGAUCAAAAAUGCCAAGGCUUCGUUGGACUUCUGAUCUCCAUCUAGCAUUCAUUCAUGCCGUUGAGAGGCUCGGAGGACAAGAAAGAGCAACUCCAAAAUUAGUACUUCAGUUGAUGAAUGUGAGAGGACUCAGCAUUGCUCACGUCAAGAGUCAUUUGCAGAUGUAUCGAAGCAAGAAGCUCGAUGAGUCCGGCCAAGGGUUACCACAGUUCAAUAGAUCGAGGGGAAUGUUGUUGCAAGGAAGAGAGCACAUUGUGGAAGCCUAUCAACAGUACAAUCCUUUCAGGCACUUCAGACUUGAUGACAGAGGAAGCCACUUUCCUUCUCCACCAUUAAAACAUCAGCCAUAUGAUAAUUUGAAUGCCAACUCUUCAAGGUUGAUUUCACAGUGGAGCAAUUCUGGGAUGGAGAACCAUCGGAGCAUCAAUACAAUUACAAGCUCACAUAUGUUUAGUGUAAAGGAAGCCAUGACAAGAGUUAAUGGACCUAUUAGAUCCAGCCGGUUUCUUGAAGAGAAGAGAUGGCCUCCUCGUGAGAUGAUAGGAAAUCACAUUAGAGGCAGGAGACAUUCUCUAAACAUUUCUUGGGGUAAUACCAUCAAUGUCGCACAACCUAAUUCAGUAGGGAGUCCCCAGGCAAGCUCCAACCGACAUCUACCCAAUCAUACUACAUGUUCUCCAAAGUUCAUCUCCAGCAGCUACGAACCCUUAUCUGAUCCGCACGAGGUUCGGAAACCUGAUGAAAGCAUAAAUGGCGAAACAUUUGGAGCAGAAGUUGGUGAUAAUAUGCAAACUUUGAAACAAAAGAAAUGGUUACCUAUGAAUUUACAGUUGGGCCUGCGGCAAGAAUUCAGUAUCUGCAGUGACGAGAUGAAGGAUGGUGAACAAGAAAGCACGAGAGACAUUGAAACAACGCUUUCUCUAUCUUUAUCCUCGUCUUCACCAAGGCAACAAGAUCAAUCCAGUACACCCACAUCAAGAGUUCGACACUAGUCAUUUCCUCUCUCUCCUGGCCUUAAACCUACUUAAAGAUAAAAGAAAACAUAAUUAAUGAUAUUACCUAAAUUGUAACUCGGGAUUAAUUAAUUACAAAAAAUUGCAGUAAAACGAUG